GAGAGUCCUGUAGCGCGCGUACUUACAGACCAUUCGACGUUUAUAAAAUCCGAUUUUAAUUCUAAUCGUGUGGAGCACGAGAGAGAUCGUGCUCUCUCUCCUCAGUUACUCGUCCACAUUCGACCCCUUAUUGUACACGCACUCUUUCUCUCUCACUCUUCUCCCCCUUGCUUGCAAAACGUAACAACAACAAAGGCCGGCGACAACGUGCACUCACGUUUACUGCAAAUCUCAUAUGUAUAUAAUACAUAGCGCAGCAAACGGUCUUCCUUCGUUACUGACGCACGAUUAAUAACAAUUCGCACGAGACCAACAGGCACGGUGACGCGGCAGUGAUCGACACGACACAUCCAACACGAGUCUUCAUCGAAAAGUAAAACUUCUAAUAAAUAAUCUCGUUAUUAAUCGCGCGCGCGCACAAUUGGAAUAAUCAAAUAAUUGCAAUGUGUGAUAAUACUAACACGACGCAAAGUAUAGCGGACUACCUGUCACAGUUACUAAAAGACAGGAAGCAGUUAGCUGCUUUCCCUAAUGUCUUCAUACACGUAGAACGCCUACUAGACGAAGAAAUCGCCAAGGUUCGGGCCAGCCUGUUCCAAAUAAGUGGUGUCAAAAAGGAACCUUUGAUUUUACCAGAACAAGAAGGAGAUGUCACGACACUCACAGAAAAAGUAUAUGUACCUGUCAAAGAACACCCAGACUUCAAUUUUGUUGGGCGAAUCUUGGGACCACGCGGGAUGACUGCGAAACAGUUGGAACAAGAGACAGGAUGCAAAAUCAUGGUUCGAGGAAAAGGUUCGAUGAGGGACAAAAAGAAGGAGGAGCAGAAUCGGGGUAAGCCUAAUUGGGAACACCUGACAGACGAGCUCCAUGUGCUGCUCACAGUCGAAGAUACUGAGAACCGUGCCACCAUGAAGCUCGCCCGAGCCGUCGAGGAAGUCAAGAAACUACUUGUGCCCGUGCAGGCCGAUGGUGAGGACGAGUUGAAGAAGAGGCAACUGAUGGAGCUGGCCAUAAUCAAUGGAACUUACCGAGACUCGAACACAAAAGUUGCAGCAGCAGCAGUCAUGGGAUAUCACCUUGAGGCAACGCCAAUGAGAUGCUCAGCUUUUGACAUUGCAGCUUGUGAUGCCGAGGAGUGGAGGCGCCUGGCACAAGCAACCGCCGAGUCGCAACGUUUGCUUCCUGGUCUAGGAACACCGAUGAGGACACCAAGUGCACCUCUGGGUGCUCCGCUGAUCCUCUCGCCAAGGAUAUCCGUUCCAACGACAGGCGCCUCCCUGCUGAAUGGUUCCGGACCACCAACUUCCCUCUUGGCUGGAGACCCCCAUGGUCUUAUCUACACGCACUACCCGGAUUAUGCCAACUACGCAGCGUUAGCAGCAUCGCCAUUACUCACCGAGUACGCCACGGCUGACCAUUCUGGUGCAGCAGCCGCUGCCAAACAGCGUAGGCAUCUGGGUCAGAUUCGAGAGCACCCUUAUCAAAGGGCUGGCGCUCUCUCGUGAAUACUGAGUACAGAGUCGCGCCUCCGCGGAAAGGCUUGGAGUGCUAACAAUGGAAUCCACUCGUCCCGUGCUAACACCUGGACUCUGGAACAGCAUCCGCGUUUGAUUGGUUCGCCAACCAGCCGACAGACCUUCGCCGUCCGCGUCACCAGCCCUGUUCGUCAAGCUUAUCCAUCCUGAAAUCCUUAAUACCCAGAAGUCAGUACUUCGUAGAUCUUAAUAUCUUAUUGGGCGCCGGUAAUACGCUAUUAUACUCCACAUCGCUACUGUUAUCUAUUUCAAGAAUUCAACUCUACGAUUUCCUCACACAAGAACGUUUCUCCAGAUUAUUUCACUUUUGUCUUUGCUGUUGUAACAGUGCAAUCAACGCUGUAUGGAAAAUGGAAAUUGUUCCUAGAGAGAUAAAAAAUUCCUUCUUUCGAAAGCUGAUUGGUGAAGGUCGAUUUUAAAUCGAAAACGCUCUUGGCCAAUGAGCGUAAACUAGCAAGAGAUAGGUCGAUUUCUGUUUUCCCCGCGGCGUUAGCAGCUCAUAUUGAUUAACUGAUCCAAAUAUUCAAGCUGAUUUUUGCAUGUAAAUUAUAUAAUGUUGUAUAUAUUUAUAUCUGGAAAGGGUUCAGAAAUGUUCUUUUUCAAAAGUCCAGUUCUUAAAAUUUAAAUUUCGCGCUACAAAAUCGCUACAUAAUCUGAUUGCUUCUUCUGAAAGCAAUAAAAGUUAAAUAUAUAUUUUUUUAAAUCAAUUUGUAGAGAUAUCAGAAAAGUUUAUUCAAAUUGCAAAACUUCAGAAAGUUUUUUUUUCUGAAGAACUGCAGAUACUCUUUUGAUACCUAAAAAUCUCUGAACUCGUAAUUGGAAGAAACCGGUUACAAUAACUUUGAAUAAAAAUCGAAGCGAUGGAGCAGUGCGUUGUAGAAUCUUACAGGUGACCCAGCUAUAAAACUAGUCGAAUCGAGAUUGAACGACGAAACACGUUUGGCUUUCACAGUACUUAUAUUAACAGAAGAGUGUAUAAAAUUAAACGACUUUAGGUAUUAUAAAGAAAAAGGCACAACAUGGAAAGCAUCGCGCAUGGAAGGAAGAACAAGGAACCCGAAAAACGAGGAUUUUGCUUACUGUGAUUCAGUUUUUAUUUCUUAAGGUAAAAAAUCUGAUAACUUGAGCAAUCUCACAAUCUCAGAAGAAUCUCAGAUUUUCUUUUUAAAGAAGCAACGUAAGUGAGUCUAAAUUACAAAUGCUCGAAAGAAGCCAAAUCUCAAAAUAAAAAUCUCAGUCUCAUUGAUUAGGGCAGAUUGAAAAAAAUACUGAAAUUAAUUGAAUUGGUUAAGCCCUGAAAAUAAAGCUGUGGCGUGACAUUCGAAAAAAGUGGUAGGCCACAUUUUUUUUUGUUCGGUUUAAACGACUCUAUUAAUUUCAGAAUGUUCACUCCGCCGUAUUGUUGGUCGAAGUUGUUUAUGAAAAUGCUUUAUAUAAAAUUAUUCUAAUUGUGCUUCGGUGUUACUUUUAUUGAUAAUCGGCUGUCGUAUUUUCCGAACAAACGUGAUCGAUCUGUUGUUAACACUUUUCGCUGCGAAAUUAUUUCGUUUUAGGUAAUAUACAUAUAUAUAUUUGUAUGUAACUUGUUCAUAAUUGCAGGAGCGAUUGCGUGAGAGAUUAAUUUACUUAACGAUGAUUAACAUUAAAUUAAUCACAACUUGUUAACUUUUAGGUCUGCCAUACAAAGUGACGAUACGAAUUGUAGUUAUAUAUUAAAUCUGUACAAUUGUAACGUGGAGCUCCUGUGCCUAUUGUUAAUUAAGUUAGUUUCAAGGAUUUUCACUCGCUAAAUCCUAAGGUUUAUAUCGGUAGCUCGUCAUUGUUGUACAUACGUGUUUAAAGCAUAGAUACAUCAUGAGUGAUCUGCAAUCUACUUAAGUUCUAAUUCGUGGAUUAAUCUGACAUUAAAUAUUAUUAUUAUUAUUAUUAUUA